AUGAAUCCCUCUCAGGCUGGUACAUCCAAUUCCACCCUUCCUCCUGCUGGUUCUGUGGGGUUACAUAUGAGGUCUACCUCACGAGUUGCAAAUGACAACAUAGCAAACGUACUUGCCAUGGCCGAAACCGUACGGGAGGUGCUUCCCCACAUCCCAGGUGAAUUAAUUUUCCAGGAUUUGCAGCGUACAAAUUCUGUUACUGUUACCGUGAAUAAUCUGCUCCCAAGACCAGGCUUCCCACUCUAUGAAGCCCGUGCUGCAUUUAGCCAUCUUGAAGUCCGCCACUAUGAUCUUCUUCCAAAGAAAGGUUGGGAGGUAGAUCUUGAUGCAGUUGAAGCUCUAGCAAAUGAAAAUACUGUCGCUAUGGCUAUUAUUAAUCCUGGCAAUCCUUGUGGGAAUGUCUUUACAUAUCAACAUUUAAAGAAAGUUGCUGAGACUGCAAGAAAGCUUGGAAGAUGGUUCUCUUCCAAUCCCAUAUGA